AUAGUCAGCCAUUUUUUAUGUAAGGGGAUUUUUCUUAUUGGGGGGGUUGUUAAAAAAUAAAUAUAAGAGCGGCCAUCUUUGUUUCCCUGCCUUGUAGUGUAAAAUAUUCCAAAACGGCCCCCACUUUUUUUCUGGUGUCGAUUUGAAUAUUAAAUAAAUAUCAUAAUUCCGGAGGGUUUCUGAUUUCGAGGACGGAGCCGAUGACAGGAAUAUAAUGUCCUCUCCUCUCCGGUCCUGUGAGGAAGACCAGGGCAUGUUGGUUAAUUCCGAGGGAGUGGAUUUUGAUGAAGAAGACGAGGACGACGGAGAUCUAGACGAGAACGCAAGCGACAUAAACUCGCCGGCGGCGCCUCGAGAAACUGCAACACUAGCCGCGCCAGUAGAGGAAGAAAGGGAAGCAUCAGACAGGGCCAGUCUAGGGAGGAAGAAACGAGGGCCCAAGAAGAAGGAGACAAAGAAGAAGGAGAAAGAGAAAGAAGGAAAACCAGUUAAAGCCAAAAAACGGAAAAAGAUUGAAAGUGAUGUAGAGAGAGACUCGGAGCGAGAGAGAGAUUAUGGUGAGAACUCCGACAGCGCAGCGAGUGACUUCUCUGGCGAGAAAAAGAAGAAGAAGAAACACAAGGAAAAGAAGGAGAAGAAAACCAAGAAGAAGAAAAAAGAUGAUGGGGUCAGCACGCACGAGGAGACAACAAAGCCAAUAGAACAGAAGACGUCGGCCCAGCUGGCUAUGGACUGGGGUCUGGAGGAUGUGGAUCAUACAUUCACUGAAGAUGAUUACCGCACACUCACCAACUACAAAGCCUUCAGCCAGUCCAUGAGGCCCAUGAUCGCCAAGAAGAACCCUAAGAUCCCCAUGUCUAAGAUGAUGACCAUCCUGGGGGUUAAGUGGAGGGAGUUCAGCUCCAACAACCCCUUCAAGGGCUCCGGUGCUGCAGCCGUGGCAGCUGCAGCCGCCGCCGCCGCCAUCGCCGUCGCCGAGCAGGUCUCCGCGGCAACCCCAUCCCCGGAGCCGCCUCCACCCCGGAAGCAGCCCCAACCCCUACGGCCGCCCCCCCAGCCGCCACCCCCGCUCCGCAAGGCCAAGACCAAAGAGGGCAAAGGCCCUGGGUAUAAGAAGAGUCGCAGUAAGAGUCCUCGUGUUCUGGCUGAGAGGAAGAAGGCGGUGGCAGCAGCAGUAGCGGCUUCAGUAGCUAAAGCCAAGAAGAUGUCCCCCAUACGCAUAAAACUGGGGGCCUUAGGCAACAAGAGGAAGAAGAGCAGCUCUAGUGGUGAUGAUGUUGAUGAGGAGGACUCGCUGCAGGAGGACUCCAGUGUCCACAGCUCCUCGGUCCGCUCCGACAGCUCCUCCCGGGUCAAGAAGAACAAGAGAGGACGUCCGGCCAAGAAGAGUAAGAAAAUGCUGGAUGAGGGUGAGGUGGAGGGGGAUGGUUAUGAGACAGACCACCAGGACUACUGUGAGGUGUGCCAGCAGGGAGGGGAGAUCAUUCUGUGUGACACCUGUCCUAGGGCCUACCACCUGGUCUGUCUGGAGCCUGAGCUGGAGAAGGCCCCCGACGGCAAGUGGAGUUGCCCCCACUGUGAGAAAGAGGGGAUCCAGUGGGAAGCGAAGGAUGAGGACUUUGAGGAGUUUGAGGAGGAGAGUGAGGACAUGGUGGUACCAGAGGUACCUGGGGUUGGACUGCUGGUAGGACUGGAGGAAGAGGAGGAUGACCACAUUGAGUUCUGCAGGGUCUGUAAAGAUGGGGGGGAACUAUUAUGCUGUGACACCUGCACUUCCUCCUACCACAUCCACUGUCUCAACCCGCCCCUGCCUGAGAUCCCCAACGGAGAGUGGCUGUGUCCACGCUGCACUUGUCCUGCUAUCAAGGGCAGGGUGCAGAGGAUCCUCCACUGGCGAUGGGGCGAGCCCCCCGAUCCUGUACCCGUGCCCCCUGCCCCCGAUACCCCUCCUGAUGCUUCCCCGCCACCCCCCAUGAAGGGCAGGGCUGAGAGGGAGUUCUUUGUCAAGCUGACCGGACAGUCCUACUGGCACUGUACCUGGAUCACUGAACUACAGCUGGAGAUCUUCCACUCGGUGAUGUUCCGUAACUACCAGAGGAAGACAGAUAUGGAUGAGCCUCCCAGUCUGGACUAUGGGUCAGGGGGAGAGGAGGAGAGUGUUAAGAGUGAGAAGAGGAGGCUGAAAGACCCAGACUAUGCUGCCCUGGAUGACAAGUUCUAUAAAUACGGCAUCAAGCCUGAAUGGAUGAUGGUCCACCGCAUCAUUAACCACAGUAUGGACAAGAAAGGGAUAUACCACUACCUGGUCAAGUGGAGAGACCUGACCUAUGACCAGUGCACAUGGGAGAGAGACGAUCUGGAGAUGCCAGAGUUUGUCAUUCACAAGGCCAACUACUGGGCACACAGGGAUGAGGUGAUGAAGGAGGCCCCAGACAUGCCGAGGAGGAUGAGGAGGAUGAGGAUGGAAGAGAGCGAAGACCCCCACAGAUCACCUGUCAACGACCCUACAAUAAAGUACGAGGAGCAGCCAGACUUUGUGACGGCGACGAGGGGCACUCUGCACCUGUACCAGCUGGAGGGGCUCAACUGGCUGCGUUUCAGCUGGGCACAGGGCACUGACACCAUCCUGGCAGACGAGAUGGGGCUGGGCAAGACUAUCCAGACCAUCGUGUUCCUCUACUCACUCUUCAAAGAGGGCCACACUAGGGGCCCGUUUCUGGUGAGUGCCCCCCUCUCCACCAUCAUUAACUGGGAGAGAGAGUUUGAGAUGUGGGCCCCUGACUUCUACGUGGUGACCUACACAGGGGACAAGGACAGCAGAGCCAUCAUCAGAGAGAACGAGCUGACCUUCGACGACACGGCCGUACGGGGAGGGAAGAAAACCUUCAAACUGAGGAGAGAAGCCCCUAUAAAGUUCCAUGUCCUGUUGACGUCCUAUGAGCUGGUGACGAUAGACCAGACCUCCCUGAAGUCUAUAGACUGGGCCUGUCUAGUGGUGGACGAAGCCCACCGCCUCAAGAACAACCAGAGCAAGUUCUUCAGACGUCUGAAUGACUAUACGAUUGACCACAAGCUGCUGCUGACUGGUACUCCUCUACAGAACAACCUGGAGGAGCUGUUUCACCUGCUCAACUUCCUCACUCCCAACCGUUUCAAUAAUCUGGAGGGGUUCCUGGAGGAGUUUGCAGACAUCUCCAAGGAGGACCAGAUCCAGAAGCUCCAUGACCUGCUGGGUCCCCACAUGUUGAGGAGGCUGAAGGCUGACGUCUUCAAGAACAUGCCGGCAAAGACUGAGCUCAUCGUACGAGUGGAACUAAGCCCCAUGCAGAAGAAAUACUACAAGUUGAUUCUGACGAGGAACUUUGAGGCUCUGAACUCUAAAGGAGGAGGUAACCAGGUGUCUCUACUCAACAUCAUGAUGGACCUGAAGAAGUGUGCCAACCACCCCUACCUCUUCCCCGUCGCCUCCAUGGAAGCCCGCAAGACGGCGAGCGGAGCGUACGAGGGCACGGACCUCACAAAGGCUUCUGGGAAACUGACUCUGUUGCAGAAGAUGAUGAGGAAACUGAAGGACCAGGGACACCGGGUGCUAGUCUUCUCACAGAUGACUAAGAUGUUGGACCUAUUGGAGGACUUCUUGGACUUUGAGGGUUAUAAGUACGAGAGGAUCGACGGAGGAGUCACAGGAGCUCUGAGACAGGAGGCCAUAGACAGGUUCAAUGCUCCUGGUGCUCCUCAAUUCUGUUUCCUGCUGUCCACCAGGGCAGGGGGUCUGGGUAUUAACCUGGCUACAGCAGACACUGUUGUCAUCUUCGACUCAGACUGGAACCCCCACAAUGACAUCCAGGCAUUCAGCCGCGCCCACCGCAUCGGGCAGGCCAACAAGGUGAUGAUCUACCGUUUCGUGACCCGUGCCAGUGUGGAGGAGCGCAUCACCCAGGUGGCAAAGAGGAAGAUGAUGCUGACCCACCUGGUGGUGAGGCCCGGCCUGGGCUCCAAGGCUGGAUCCAUGUCCAAACAGGAACUGGACGACAUCCUCAAGUUCGGCACCGAGGAACUCUUCAAGGACGAGAUCGAAUUCCUCUCACCACCACGUAUGUCCACUCUCUCUCCCCUACGCUGUCCAGCGGGGGACAACAGGGAUGAUGAGGGCAGUGUGAUCCACUACGACAGCUCAGCCAUCGAGAGACUGCUGGACCGGAGCCAGGACGCUACAGACGACACAGACAUGCAGAACAUGAACGAAUACCUCAGCUCCUUCAAAGUGGCCCGCUACAUGGUUCGAGAGGAGGAUAAGGUUGAGGAGGUGGAGCGUGAGAUCAUUAAGCAGGAGGAGUGUGUGGACCCAGAAUACUGGGAGAAGCUGCUGAGACAUCACUAUGAGCAACAACAGGAGGACCUGGCUAGUAAACUGGGCAAGGGCAAGAGGAACCGCAAGCCUGUCAACUACAACGACGCAGCACAGGAGGACCAAGAGUGGCAUGCUGGUAUUUCAGAUAACCAGUCCGAGUACUCUGUGGGCUCUGAGGAGGAGGAUGAAGACUUCGAUGAGAGGCCAGAAGGUUCUCGCCGACAGUCCCGUCGGCAGAUGAGGAACGAGAGAGACAAGCCACUUCCCCCCCUGUUGGCCAGAGUAGGAGGAAACUUGGAGGUAUUGGGCUUCAACACGCGCCAGAGGAAAGCCUUCCUAAACGCGGUGAUGCGUUGGGGCAUGCCCGCACAGGACGCCUUCUCCUGCCAGUGGCUGGUCAGAGACCUGAGGGGCAAGAGUGAGAAGGAGUUCAAGGCGUAUGUCUCCCUGUUCAUGCGUCACCUGUGUGAGCCCGUGGCCGACGGUGCCGAGACGUUUGCAGACGGCGUGCCGAGGGAGGGCCUGUGUCGGCAGCCUGUGCUCACCCGCAUUGGGGUCAUGUCCCUGGUCAAGAAGAAGAUCCAGGAGUUUGAGCACAUCAAUGGGCGGUGGAGUCUUCCAGAACUGAAGCCAGAGAUGAAGCCAGAGGCCCUGAGACCAGAGGUCAGUGUGUCUUCUUCCUCCAGAGCCUCCUCCCCUGGGGGGACCAUGAAGACCGCUACGCCCACCCCUGACCCCAGCUGUACCUCAGACAACACCCCCUGCACCUCAAAACCAGCUACCCCUGCUCCGUCGGACAAACUAGAGAAGAACGGGAAAGAUGGAGAGAAGGAAGAGGAAGAUGAGGAGGGUAAGGCCUCAUCUGAGCCAGAGAAAGAUGGCGAGAAGGAGAAGGACGAGGGGAAGGAGGAAGAGAGCAACAAGAGUGCAGACACUGAAGAGCCUCCAAUCUCUACCAAAGAAGCACUACAAGAAUUAUCCCCUUGCACAACAACAGACAAGGAUGAGAAGGGUACAAAAGAGGAGGAUGAGGGGAAAGAAACCAAAACGACUGACACCCCUCCGGCCCUAGUGGAGGAGAAGAAAGUUGAGGAGGAGAGUAAGGAGGAGGGGUUUUCCGGAGAAACAACUAAGCAAGGGUCGGAGGUCAAAGAUGAGAAACCAGGUAGUGUAACACUCUCGCCUGGAGAGAAGGUGGAGGAGGAGAAAGAGAAGGUCAACAACAAGGAAAGAGACAUGGAGAAGAGUGAGGAGGCCCCUGUCCUCACAGAAGGGCCAGACAACAUGGAAAGGAUGGAGCGACAGCAACCCUCUGACGUGAGGAAAGAGGAAGUAAAAGGUGAAAAGGAUGCUGGGAAAGAAGUGGCUAAGGAGGAGGUUGCCAAAGAUGCCUUGCCGAAACCCCCCAUCACCUCCCCCGAGCGGCGGCGCUUCAUGUUCAACAUCGCUGACGGGGGCUUCACGGAGCUGCAUACACUGUGGCAGAACGAGGAGCGGGCGGCCAUCUCCUCCGGGAAGAUGAAUGAGAUCUGGCACCGGCGACACGACUUCUGGCUGCUGGCGGGAAUCGUACUUCAUGGCUAUGCACGGUGGCAGGACAUCCAGAACGAUCCCCAGUUUGCUAUCGUCAACGAGCCCUUCAAGUCGCAGGCCAACAAGGGCAACUUCCUUGAGAUGAAGAACAAGUUCCUGGCCCGCCGCUUCAAGUUAUUAGAGCAGGCCCUGGUGAUAGAGGAACAACUGAGACGGGCAGCCUACCUGAAUAUGACCCAGGACCCAGUCCACCCCGCCAUGGCGUUGAACGCCCGUUAUGCCGAGGUGGAGUGUCUGGCCGAGUCCCACCAACACCUCAGCAAGGAAUCCCUGGCCGGGAACAAACCGGCCAACGCCGUGCUGCAUAAAGUGCUGAACCAGUUAGAGGAGCUGCUGAGCGACAUGAAGGCUGACGUGACACGGCUCCCCGCCACGCUGUCCCGGGUCCCGCCCAUCGCCGCACGCCUGCAGAUGUCAGAGAGGAGCAUCCUCAGCAGGCUGGCCAGCAAGGGCACUGACACACACCCGCCCCCGACCAUCCCUCCAGGACCCUACGCCACUCCUCAGAACUUUGGGCCCCCCUUCACCCCCACCCCCCCGGGAGUCUUACCCAUGGGAGGAGCCAACUACAGCCAGAUGCCUCCUGGAUCCUUCGUAUCAGAAGCCCCAGAAGCCCCGGGUGGCGGUGGCGCCGGCUUCCUGAAGACCAAGGAGCACAACAUCAUUCAGCGGCAGCGUGUGGUCGACCUGUGGAAGGACGGCAAGUCGGAGGGGUCCAUAGGGCAGGAGCUGAGGAUGCCUAAGUCCACGGUGCACAGCAUCAUCGUCAAGUAUCGUCUCAGUAACACUGUGGAGAACCUGCCCCGCAAUGGACGGCCCAAGAAACCCUGAGGAUGGAGGGAUGGAGAAGUACAGAGAAACUCUGAGGAUGGAGGGAUGGAGAAGUACAGAGAAACCCUGAGGAUGGAGGGAUGGAGAAGUACAGAGAAACUCUGAGGAUGGAGGGAUGGAGAAGUACAGAGAAACUGAGGAUGGAGGGAUGGAAAAGUACAGAGAAACUCUGAGGAUGGAGGGAUGGAGAAGUACAGAGAAACCCUGAGGAUGGAGGGCUGGAGAAGUACAGAGAAACCCUGAGGAUGGAGGGAUGGAGUACAGAGAAACUCUGAGGGUGGAGGGAUGGAGAAGUACAGAGAAACCCUGAGGAUGUAGGGAUGGAGAAGUACAGAGAAACUCUGAGGAUGGAGGGAUGGAGAAGUACAGAAAAACCCUGAGGAUGAAGAGAUGGAGAGAGAGAAACCCUGAGGGUGGAGGGAUGGAGAAGUACAGAAAAACUCAGAGAGAGAGAGGUGAAUUGUCUGGCCCAAAAAUAGAGGGAGAAAGAGCAGAGGAAAGAGGCCUAAAAGCUGACCCUGGAGGAGAAAUGUUGGCAGAGAGGGGAAAAAACGAGAGUAUGUUAAUGUAAUCAAGAGAGAAUGUAGGUAUGAACAGCUGAAAGAACAAAAAAUGCAAAGAAAGGGGAGAUUUGUCCUUUUUCAUCCCUCCUUCCCUGUGUCAGACAAAUCUACUGGCCCGUUCUGCUCCCGACCCCGGCCGCAACGUUUCCCUUCCGGAAUCCUUCUUUAUCCAAUGGCGGAGUGAACGAGUCUGACCCCGCCCUCCUUUAUUCUUCCUCAAUCCCUCUCUCAGUCCUGCACAACUCCUCAUCCCCCACUCCCUCUCUCUUUCUCUCUCACACACACACUCACACUCCCAAACACCGCAGACCUCACACACAACAUGACCUAAACCUAUUAAGACGACUUUCUCUUUCCGUAGCCACCCUCCUAUGUUCAAUACAAUACACUGGGAUGCAAAGGCAAGCCAAAGUGGACCUUCCUGGAGUUUCUCAUUUCAACCAACAGAGCAGGAGAAAUGAAUGACUUCUAAGUAUAACACACUCCUUUCCCUGAACUCUGUCAGCCCUCGGCAUUCCACCCCCGACCAACCAUAAAGGAGCAUAGAUGGAGAGACAAAAACAACUUCCUGUUUUUAUAUUGUUGUCGUUGUAAUGAACCAAUCAACAUGAGAUGUUGAGAGGACAGCACCCAAUGGGAAGAGAGCUUGGUGUAGAGACAUGUAAUCUUUGUACUGUAUUGACCAAUCAUACUUACUGUAGCACCUUUAUAUGAGGUCACUUUAUCUUGAUGGAUGUAAGAAGGAAACAGGGGCAAUGGGGGAUCUGGUAUUGGGAUGAGGAUGUAGUGUACACUCGUAGAAAAAAGGGAUCCACAAGGGUUCUUUGGCUGUCCCCAAAACAGAACCCUUUUUGGUGUCAGGUAGAACCCUUUUGGGUUCCAUGUAGAACCCUCUGUGGGAAUCAAAUCAAACCAAAUCAAAUUGUAUUUGUCAAAUGCGCCGAAUUCAACAGGUGUAGACCUUACAGGGAAAUGCUUACUUACAAGCCCGUAACCAACAAUGCAGUUUUAAGAAAAACAAGUGUUAAGUAAAAAAUAAAUAAGUAAAAAAAUAUAUAUAUAUUUUUUAAAUUAUAGAGCAGCAGUAAAAGAAUAAUAGCUAGGCUAUUGGGUUCUACAUGUAACCCAAAAUAUAUUUUACCUUGAACCAAAAGGGGUCUACCUCGAAUCAACAAGGGUUCUUCAAGGGGUUCUCCUAUGGGGACACCCGAAGAACCCUUUUAGGUUCUAGAUAGCACCUUUUGUUCGAAGAGUGUAGUGUCAUGAAGUGUGUCUGUGUGAAAAAGUUCUCAGCUGGCGUUUCCUGUACUUCAAAGCACAAAGCGUGGCUCGACUUGUCGACCCAAAUUCCUUAAUGGAGCGACAUUACAAAGAGAUUAGGUUGGAUCUGAAGAAGGGAAAGUGAUAAUGUAUAGGACAUGCCUGUGCACAAACACAAAUUACACAUACAGUGCCUUCUGAAAGUAUCCAGAACCCUUGACUUUUUCUACAUUUUGUUAUGUCACAGACUUAUUCUAAAAUUGAUGAAAUGGUUUUUUCCCCCGCAUCAAUCUACACACAAUACCCCAUAAUGACAAAGCAAAAACGGGUUAUUCAAAUGUUUUGAAAAUGUAUUCAAAAUAAAAAACGGAAAUAUUACAUUUACAUAAUUAUUCAGACCCUUUACUCGGUACUUUGUUGAAGCCCCUUUGUCAGCGAUUACAGCAUCGAGUCUUCUUGGGUAUGACGCUACAAGCUUGGCACACCUGUAUUUGGGGAGUUUCUCCCAUUCUUCUCUGCAGAUCCUCUCAAGCCCUGUCAGGUUGGAUGGGGAGCGUUUCCUCCAGACGUGACGCUUGGCAUUCAGGCCAAAGAGUUCAAUCUUGGUUUCGUCAGACCAGAGAAUCUUGUUUCUCAUGCUCUGAGAGUCCUUUAGGUGUCUUUUGGCAAACUCCAAACGGGCUGUCAUGUGCCUUUUACUGAGGAGUGGCUUCCGUCUGGCCAUUCUACCAUAAAGGCCUGAUUGGUGGAGUGCUCCAGAGAUGGCUGUCCUUCCGGAAGGUUCUCCCAUCUCCACAGAGGAACUCUAGAGCUCUGUCAGUGACCAUCAGAUUCUUGGUCACCACCCUGACCAUUGCCCUUCUCCCCCGAUAGCUCAGUUUGGCUGGGCGGCCAGCUCUAGGAAGAGUCUUGGGGGAUCCAAAGUUCUUCCACUCAAAAUGUAUGGAGGCCACCGUGUUUUUGGGGACCUCCAAUGCUGCAGAAAUGUUCUGGUACCCAUCCCCAGAUCUGUUCCUUCACACAAUCCUGUCUCGGAGCUCAACGGCCAAUUAAUUCGGCCUCAAGGCUUGGUUUUUGCUCUGACAUGCAAUGUCAACUGCGGGACCUUAUCUAGACAGGUGUGUGCCUUUCCAAAUCAUGUCCAAUCAAUUGAACUUACCACAGCUGGAUUCCAAUCAAGUUGUGGAAACAUCUCAAGGAUGAUCAAUGGAAACAGGAUGCACCUGAGCUCAAUUUCGAAUCUCACAGCAAAGGGUCUGAAUACGUAUGUAAAUAAGGUAUUUCUGUUUUUGUUUUUUUAUAUACAUUUUCAAACAUUUCUAAAAACCUGUUUUUGCCUUGUGAUUAUGGGGUAUUAUGUGUAGAUUGCUGGGGGGAAAAAGCAUAUUUAAUACAUAAGGAUAAGGCUGUAACUAAAUAAAAUGUGGAAAAAGUGAAGGGGUCUGAAUACUUUGAGAAUGCACUGUAUAUGUGAACACACACACACACACACACACACACACACACACACACACACACACACACACAAAUCCAUACAUCACACAUAUCUGACAGUGUAAUUGUGGAUAUUCUUGUAUGUUAUCCUAAGUGGAGCUGCAAGUCUCUCUCCAAGACUGCUCUCGUCCUAAAUGGACAACUAUAAAUCCCUGUGAACUCCAAAACCUCUGCUGCCUGCGCUCGUUUGUGUUGCCAGGUCUUCUCCCCCUCCUCUGUUCAUGGUUUUCAUUUCUCUCUGAGGUGAAUGAUAGAUGCACCAGCGCAGUGUCUGUUUAGACAAGCAGGACAGAACACUCUCUCGCCUUCUCGCCUUUCUCUUCUCCCCCCUCUCUCUUGCUCUCUCUCAUUCUCUCUGAUAGGCCAGAAACAGCCGCUUGAACAAAGGAAACACAGGUAGAACAGAAUGAACAAGGGAUUAGACUACACUCCCGAGGAGGGAGAGAGAGGAGGAGGGGGAGAGAUAGGGGAGUGAAGUUGUGAAAGUGCUGGAUUGGUGAACAGGCUGACUUUGGAGUCAGAGAGAGAAAAAGAGAAAGGGGGAGGAGGGAGGGAGAAAGAUAUCUGUGGAUCGGUUUCGAGUGAAGUAUAUGAUAUGAAAACCUUUAUCUUGUAACAGCACAAGUGAUCCAUUACAUUCCCCUCACUCACAUUCUCGCUCUCUCUCUCUCCCUCUCUACCUCCUCCCGCUGUCUUUCUUCAUCUCUCUCUUUUAUUCUCUAAAUUAUUACAUCUUUCAUCUCCCUGUCUCUCCCUCUGUUUCCUUCUCUCUUUGCCUCCCCCCCCUCUUUCUCCAACUUUCCAGCUUUAUUUGUAUUACUCGUUAUCAGAUUUGAACUCACACACACAGUCACACAGCUCUAAGUUAAGUAGUCCGUCUGCCUUCCUUCCCUUGCAUUGGCCUCCACUGGGCCACAUGCCAUACGGUGUCCCUGUACCCCCCCUCAGUCUCUCUCUGGCUGGACGUACAGCAGCCACAGCCACAGCAGCGGUAGUUAUCAUUAUCAUCGCACCCAUUGCUCUCCUACAGUACACUAUCAGUGCUUUGAUCUAGACAGCGGGUGUUAUGACAGUGUAUGCCUCUCCGGGGCCAGAGACCAGCCGAAGCAGACAGGCCUGGGUCUGUUUGUGAUAGACCACCACCUCCAGGAGAGUUUAGCCUCCAGGAGUGAGUUUGAGGUCAUGACUACCAUCCGUUUAUAACUAUGACAGUGAAUCGAAAGGGAAAUGGAUGUAUAUCUUGUUGUAGGUUUCCUGCGCAAACUAAUGACAAGCAGUGUGUGUGUGUACGAGUACAUGUGUGUUUUUGUGGUGUCCCCGCAGUUAACAUGUUGGAUGGAGGUGAAGGGACAGUAGCAGCAGACUUUAUAUACCUCAGUUUAGCAUAUGCUAGUCUGCUCCGAGACACACGUGUUGGCUUGAGGCUACAGAUCUACUUGGCAAGGUGGAAGCUUAAACGCGGUCCUUCCUCUGGAUUUGUGGUGUUCCACUACCUAUUGGUGUAGUGUGUGUGUGUGUGUGUGUUUGUGUGUGUAUGUGUGUGUUUUGCAACUGUAUUUGUAAGUGUAUGCCAGCCCCAUAUUCCUCAAGCAGACCCCCAUUAAGCAUCGACUAUAUCAACUGUUUUUAAGUUCGGUUUUGUUUUAUAAUUCGUAAGUUUACAUACACUUAGGUUGGAGACAUUAAAACUCGUUUUUCAACCACUCCACAAAUUUCUUGUUAACAAACUAUAGAUUCGGCAAGUCGGUUAGGACAUCUACUUUGUGCAUGACACAAGUAAUUUUCCCAACAAUUGUUUACAGACAGAUUAUUUCACUUAUAAUUCACUGUAUCACAAUUCUAGUGGGUCAGACAUUUACAUACACUAAAUUGACUGUGCCUUUAAACAGCUUGGAAAAUUCCAGAAAAUUAUGUCAUGGCUUUCGAAGGUUCUGAUAAUUGACAUCGUUUGAGUCAAUUGGAGGUAUACCUGUGGAUGUAUUUCAAGGCCUACCUUCAAACUCAGUGCCUCUUUGCUUGACAUCAUGGGAAAAUCUAAAGAAAUCAGCCAAAACCUCAGAAAAUAAAUUGGAAACCUCCACAAGUCUGGUUCAUCCUUGGAAGCAAUUUCCAAAUGCCUGAAGGUACCACGUUCAUCUGUACAAACAAUAGUACACAAGUAUAAACACCAUGGGACCACGCAGUUCUCAUACCGCUCAGGAAGGAGACGCGUUCUGUCUCCUAGAGAGGAACGUACUUUGGUGCGAAAAGUGCAAAUCAAUCCCAGAACAACAGCAAAGGACCUUGUGAAGAUGCUGGAGGAAACAGGUACAAAAGUAUCUAUAUCCACAGUAAAACGAGUCCUAUAUCGACAUAACCUGAUAGGCCGCUCAGCAAGGAGGAAGCCCCUGCUCCAACACCGCCAUAAAAAAGCCAGACUACGGUUGGCAACUGCACAUGGGAACAGCGAUCAUACUUUUUGGAGAAAUGUCCUCUGGUCUGAUGAAACAAAAAUAGACCUGUUGGGCCAUAAUGAUCAUUGUUAUGUUUGGAGAAAAAAGGGUGAGGCUUGCAAGCUGAAUAACACCAUCCCAACCGUGAAGCAUGGGGGUGGCAGCAUCAUAUUGUGGGGGUGCUUUGCUGCAGGAGGGACUGGUGCACUUCACAAAAUAGAUGACAUCAUGAGGACGGGAAAUUAUGUGGAUAUAUUGAGACAUCAGACAUCAAGACAUCAGUCAGGAAGUUAAAGCUUGGUCGCAAAUGGUUCUUCCAAAUGGACAAUGACCACAAGCAUACUUCCAAAGUUGUGGCAAAAUGGCUUAAGGACAACAAAGUCAAGGUAUUGGAGUGGCCAUUACAAAGCCCUGACCUCAAGCCCUGACCUCAAUCCUCUGCCCACACAAUCCUAUAAAUGUGUGGGCAGAACUGAAAAAGCAUGUGCAAGCAAGGAGGCCUACAAACCUGACGCAAUUACACCAGCUCUGUCAGGAGGAAUGGACCAAAAUUCACCCAACUUAUUGUGGGAAGCUUGUGGAAGGCUACCCAAAACGUUUGACCCAAGUUAAACAAUUUAAAGGCAAUGCUACCAAAUACUAAUUGAGUGUAUGUAAACUUCAGACCCACUGAGAAUGUGAUGAAAUAAAUACUGAAAUAAAUCAUUCUCUCUACUAUUAUUCUGACAUUUCACAUUCUUAAAAUAAAGUGGUGAUCCUAUCUGACCUAAGACAGGGAAUUUUUUACUAGGUUAAUUGUCAGGAAUUGUGAAAAACGGAGUUGAAAUGUAUUUGGCUAAGGUGUACUUCCGACUUCAGCUGUAGUUAUUCUGAAUGUAUAUGCCAGCUCGCUCAUUAAGAAGGUUGUCAUACGUGCUCGGAAGCAAAUGGUGUGUAUCAUUCUGUUCAUCAGUGUAGUACGUGCUGUCUCUCUCUCUACCUCUCUUUUUCUCCCCCUCUCUCCCUCCCCCUCUCUCUCUACCUCUCUUUUUCUCCCCCUCUCUCUCUCUCUCUUUUUCUCCCCCUCUCCCUCUCUUUUUCUCCCCCUUUCUCUCUCCCUCUUUUUCUCCCCCUCUCUCUCCCUCUCUUUUUCUCCCCCUCUCUCUCUCUCUCUCCCUCUCUCUCACUCCCUCUAUCUUGAUUUUCUUUUCUCUUUCACACGUUUCCUGAUGCUGAGCGUUCAGGGUAAAGAUUAAGAGAGUGAUGGCGUGUGACAUUGUGAUCAUUCUUGUGGAGGACGGGGCUUUGAUUCAGCACAACAUGCCUUGACCUCUGUUAAUCAUGGAAUGGAGAAACAUUUUAAGUCGGACAUCAAACAAAGUCCAGGGUUUAAUGUGGUCUGUCUGUCUGUCUGUCUGUCUGUCUGUCUGUCUGUCUGUCUGUCUGUCUGUCUGUCUGUCUGUCUGUCUGUCUGUCUGUCUGUCUG